AUGUCGUCUCUUCCCACUUCUGGACCUGUCGGUGUCUUCCGGCACAUGAUUACGGCACCGGCUUCUGAGACUGCGGGCCUGAGCAGUGCGGCGCAACUUUUGGGCCUGCCUUCUCAAAACGACAUGAGGCCGCUCAGAGCUACGACUACGCGCGCCUAUGUGACCCGUGUCACCCUCGACUCGGCCAGUUCCCUGACAAUUGCGCUUCGGCAAUCUGGGUCACUAAUUCUUCGGUUGCAACGACCCUGCAGUGCACCUCGCCCUAUGGCGUUUGAGAACCGCGCUUUCUCUGAUGUCUGA